AUGGCUAAGAUCCUCGAUAUCUGGGGUCGUGCAGAAGGUUUUGCCUUGAUGAUCGCAUUGGCGACACUUGGUCUCGUGUUGAUGGCAUGUGCCAACACCCUUGCCAUCUUCUGUGCGGCACAGGUCUUCUCCUCCAUUGGAUUUGCCGGUGUCAUCUACUCUAUCGAUGUCAUCACUAGUGACGCGUUUCAUCUGCGCAAUCGAGGUUCGGCAUUCGCCUCUCCGAGCAGUCCCUACAUCGUCAUCGCCUUUGCGGGACUUAAGGCCAGCGAAGGCUUCUAUGAGAAUAUCGGCUGUCCAAGGAAAGAGGGCCGUGUCAUGGCGCGAGAGACACAGAGGACAACUUUACAAAGUAUUUGGCACUACGAUAAGGAGGUCGACGCACUCGGCUGCUUCCUGUUCGUUUGUGGUCUCGUCGUCUUUCUGUUGCCAUUUUCUCUUGCUGACUCGGCACCAAACGGCUGGUCUACCGGCUGCAUCAUCGCCAUGAUCGUUGUCGGAUUCCUCUUUCUCGUCCUCUUCGGACCUUGGGAAGCAUUACUCGCACCCCACCCGUUUCUGACCGCCAAUCUCUUGUUUGACCGAACAGUCGCAGGCGCAUGCCUCCUCUCUUUCAACUACCAAAUUGUGUAUUCCUGCUGGGCGUCGUACUUCAGCUCCUUUCUGCAGGUUGUCAACAUCGGCUUCCUGAUCCGCAAGUUCGGCUACUUCAAAUGGCUUCUCUGGGUCGGUGUCCCGCUCUACGUAUUCGCGCAAGGCCUGAUGAUCAAUUUCCGGCGCCCCGACGCACACAUUGGGUAUCUGGUCAUCGUGAUGAUCAUCUGCCAGCAACUCGCCGUCCUCGCCCUCUUGAUCGUCAUCGGCACGAUCGGUGGCGCGGUAGGAAACACCAUCUCAGGUGCCAUCUGGACCAACACUUUCAGUCAAGCUUUGACGCGCUAUUUACCUGAGGAUGCGCAGGCCAGUGUUGAGAAUAUAUACGGCAGUCUCGACGUCCAGCUGAGCUACGAAUGGGGCUCACCCACUAGGACCGGGAUACAGCAGGCGUACGGAUACUCGCAGCAAAAGAUGCUGAUAGCUGGUACGGCGAUCAUGAGUUUUUCGCUGGUAUGGGUGUGCAUGAUUCGCAACAUCAACGUGAAGAACAUCGAGCAAGUCAAGGGCGUGUUGCUCUAG